AUGGGCUCGAAAGACACCGGCCGCGCUCGCAUCGUCGUCAUCGACUACGAGUCCGGCAACCUGCGCAGCGUGGCGCGGGCGGUGGAAAAAGCCGGCGUCGUUCCCAAGGUGUCCUCAGAUCCGGCGGCGCUGCGGGACGCGGACGGUGUCAUCCUGCCCGGGGUGGGUUCCGGCCCGGCCGCCAUGGCCGCGCUGCACUCCCGAGGCCUGGUGCGCCCGUUGCUGGACUAUAUCGCCAGCGGCCGGCCGUUCCUGGGGGUCUGCCUGGGCUUGCAACUGCUCCUGGACGCCACCGACGAGGGCGACGCCGAUUGCCUGGGCCUGGUUCCCGGCCGGGUGCGUCGCUUGCCCGACGGCCUGAAAGUCCCGCACAUGGGAUGGAACACCGUGGAGUUCCGGCGGGAGCACCCGCUGUGGCAGGGCAUACCACAGGAUAGCCAUUUCUACUUCGUCCACAGCUACUACGCCGAUCCGGUGGCGAGGGCCGAUGUGGCCGGAGUGACCGAGUACGGCGUCCCGUUCUGCAGCAUCUACGCGCGCGAUAACGUCGUGGCGACGCAGUUUCACCCCGAAAAGAGCGGCGAAAACGGCCUGCGCGUCUACGCCAACUUUAUCGAGCAGGUCGCCGCGGAAACGUAG